GCACUUUUCAAUUUACAGAACGGCCAUCACGAUGCCUUCUGCGAGCUUCUAUGCGUUCGCUCCGUGCUGUUCCCUCCUUGCGUUUUCCAGGCCUUCUCCUUGCUAACCUAAUGUGAUCUAGAGUGACAAGUGCAAAGCAUACAAGCGCAGGGGCUGGCGUUCUACCAUGAUUUAAGACGAGGAUUCCAACCGUCACAACAGAACAGCAGCACUCCUCUCUAAUUCCUCAACACUCACCAACUACCUACUCCCAAUACCAACAUGACUGACGUUCUUGGUGUUCUCGUCAUCGCCCGUAAUGGUGACCGCACAGAGUACUACCAGGAUCCUAAGACCUAUGAGAGCUCCUACACUGAAAGCACUGCUCUUGGUGUUGUCCAGUCCCACCAGCUCGGAUCCUUCCUUCGCUCGACCUACAUGUCCUCGUCUUCUCCUUCAUACAUCGCGAACAUGAAAACCGACCUCGUAGAUACCCAUGAGGUUCACGUCCAUGCCAAGGCUGGCGGUGAGGGUACCGUGAUAUUUGACUCUGCUGUCGCCCUCCUCCAGGGUCUUUUCCCUCCCAACCCUGCCAACAGGAUCGUUCUUGCUAACGAGACCACUGUCGUUGCUCCCCUUGGCGGUUACCAGUACGUUCCCAUCCAGACUGUCGAUCCCGGUAACGACAGGUCCCUUGAGCCAUGGAUCGACUGCCCAGCUUUCGAGCAGCACAUCUCCAAUGUCUACUCGUCUUCUGGGUUCAAGGAGACUGCAAAGGCUGCUGGUCCUUUCUUCGGUGCUGUCAGGGACUACGUUUUCGGCCGCCCUACUACUCUUGAGAACGCUAUUUACGAUUACAUCUCGACUGGGCACUCUCACAAUAAGACCUACGCUCACCGCCUUCUUCCCACUUUGCUUGAACAGGCUCGUGGUUUUGCUGACUACCACGAGAAUGCCAUCUUCUCGGACAAGCAUGUCGGUGGCAUUGGUAACUUGGCUGGCCGCACGAUCCUCCACACGGUCUUGAACUCCCUCCAGCGGAUUGCAUUCAACGGUGACCCUCUACAGUUCCUCCUCGUUGAGACCUCCUACCAGCCUUUCAUCUCCCUAUUCCACAUGCUUGAGAUGAUCAAAGAGAACCCUGAGCUUGCCGGUAUCCCGAACUACGCUUCUGCUCUUGCCUUUGAGCUCCGUCGCGGACCUCCCCCUGAAGACCGUGACUUCGUCAGGAUCAAGUUCAAGAACGGCACCCGCGGCGACUUCGAGACCUACCAUGCUUUUGGCCACAAGUAUGACAUUGCUGCAACGGAAUUCAUCUACAGGAUCGAGAACUACGCCAUUGCCAGCCAGAAGCAAUGGGCCGCUGCUUGCAGCUCAGGUCUUACUGAUGACUGGGUCCACAGUGACUCCCAGAGCGUGAUCUCCAGCACUGUCUUUGCCAUUCUGGCUGCUGUCUUCCUCUUCGGCAUGUUCAUCCUCUCAAAAUUCAUCAGGAGCGCCCGUGCCAAGGCUCAGAACACUCGCAUCCGUCUUGCUGACGACGAGAACGUCGUCGCUCAGCCCGCUUCCAUGAGUGAGAAGCAGUGCCUUCCCUUGUAAAUGCCGGUCUAGUAGGAGUCGGAGAGGUUGAAAAAAAUCUUCACUACAUGCUUCAGCAGGGUGGGUUUCUUGUUCGAUUGGUAUCUGGACCUGCAUCGCAUUGCUUCAGACUCUUGCCACAUUUUUUCUUCUCGUUUACAACAUGACUACUGUGUAAUUUAUUAUAUAGGUUUGGGUCCCCAUAGUUAAGUUAUGAAAUUCACGCAUUUUCUCGGA